AUAUAUGUGCUACAACUUAAGCUAGCUAUUUUCAAGAAUGGAACGACAGAAUAUAUAUAAAAAGAGGAGUUCGGUGACAUUAGCAGCACUUCCUCCUCACAAAAAGAUGCCUGAUGACUACUCCAAUAUGGUUGAAGAUUCUGAGUCACAUGAAAAAGAAAACUCGACUCUAUCAGGUUUAAACGUUGAUAACAAAAGUCACAAAUGGCUGAGCUAUCCAGAUUUAAAACUCUUAGAAGAAAAUUCAGAAAAGCUUUCUGUGACCAUGGAGUUAACUGGUAAAGUAUUUACUAACCCUGUCCUGGAUAUGUCAGAUGAUGAACUAGAAGCAUUUGACCACAAUGAAAGGUCAAGGCUGGAGUUAUCGGCAAUUGUUCUGAACGUCCCAAUCAUAAUCCAGAGAACAGCAACUGACCAACAGCAAUUGGAGAAAAGAUAUACGAACAGACUACCUUCAUCAAAGCGACCGUUUAGAGAACAGGUUUUAUACAAGAUGAAAAAGUGUUGCCACUGCAGUGGAGCCUGUCUUCUGGGUCUUCUCUUAACAGUUUUUCCAAUCUUCCGAUGGAUACCUCAAUACAAUUUCAGAAAAUACACCCUGAAUGAUCUCCUAUCUGGUUUCAUUAUUUUUUUACUUCAUAUUCCAGAAGGUUUGGCAUACGGAGUUCUAGCCUCUGUUCAUCCAAUUCACGGAUUGUACGUGUCUUUCUUCCCAGUUAUGGUUUACUUUCUGAUGGGAACAUCAAAGCAUAUCUCUAUAGGAACAUGUGCUAUCAUCAGUCUAAUGAUUAGCAAUGCCAUCAAUGCUAUUGGAGCAGUGGACAAUGAAGAAUUAUCAAGGCACAAUGUAUCAUUUGGACUUUACCAGGAAAACACUAGUCAAAGGCUACUAGAAAAUGAAAUCGCCUCACCCAUAAAUUCUUCAUGGCCUCCUACUAAACAAGAAGCAUUUGUUGUCUUAUGUUUAGCCACAGGCUUAUGGCAGAUUUUCUUGGCUUUGAUUCGGUUUGCCAGUUUUCCCAUUCUGCUAUCUGACCAGUUGAUGUCUGGUUUCACAGCUGGGGUAGCUGUUCUUAUUGCUGUUUCUCAGAUUGCAAAUAUCUUUGAUCUUCACAUCAAAAUUCAACAUGGACCAUUUAGGAUAUUUUAUACACUGAAUGACAUUUUCUCUGCCAUAGACGAGGUGAAACCUGCGACUCUAAUAAUUUCUGCCAUUACCCUCUGCUUGUUGAUGUUAGUGAAAGAACAAAUCAAUGUCAGGUUUAAACGCAGACUGAGAGUGCCUAUUCCCAUCGACUUAAUUGUGGUUAUUUUAGCUACUGUGAUAUCCUAUGCAGGAAAGUUUAAUACCAAUCUCGGCGUGGAGAUUGUAGGAGAGUUUCCUGUAGGGUUGCCAGCCCCUGCUAUUCCCAGAAUGGAUUUGAUAGGUGUUCUGGCUAAUGAUGGCUUCACCAUAGCUAUUGUUUCUUUUGUACUAUCAUUAACUGUGGCCGAAAUAUCAGCCAAGAAGAAGAAAUACCCCCUUGAUCCCCACCAG